CCAGGACCUAAAAAAGAGACGGAUGCCCAAGGUCACAUCGCUCGUGGGCACACACCGGCAGUUCCAAAGCCUCCCACCGCCAGCUCACGACUUCCUGGGCAGCAUUUCUGCGCUGCUGGGGAUUCUGCCUGUCAUUACAGCCCUCCCCCGGCCGGCGCGCGUGCAGACCCAGCAGCGCCCAGGAGCAGCGAGAGCCACAGCCUCGCGACGUUCAGCGCACCCGGCCGCUUCGAUCGCCUUCCCCACGCCCGGGCCCCUCUGACCCCUCCCGUUUCUUCCUGGGCCCUCCCCUGCUCCCUAGCCUAGGCUCCCUGGAUCUUCUGCUCCUUCUCUGUCCCCCCAAGUCCAGCGUCUCCUGUCCUCACCCUGGUCACCUCCUCCCGGGUCCCCACACCCCGCCCCGGGUCCCCGCUGCCCUCUCUGCGUACCGGGUGACGCAGCGCCGCCUCCCGCUCCCGCCUCCCCGCGACUCCGCCGGGCUGACUGCAGGGGCCGCUAACGGUCCCGCGCCCCCCCGGCGUCCGCGCGCCCCGCGCCCGGCGGACGAGGCCGCGCCGGCGGCGAUGGGCGCGAUGGGGGCGGCGGAGCCGCUGCAGUCGGUGCUGUGGGUGAAGCAGGAGCGCUGCGCCGUCAGCCUGGAGCCCGCGCGGGCGCUGCUACGCUGGUGGCGGAGCCCGGUGACCGGGCCCUGCGCGCCCGAUGCUAAUGCCUGCUGCGUGCCAGUGUCCGAGAUCAUCGCUGUUGAGGAAACAGAUGUUCAUGAGAAACAAUCCUCUAGUGGCCGAUGGCAGAAAAUGGAAAACCCGUUCGCAUUCACAGUGCACUGUGUGAAGCGAGCGCGCCACCACCGCUGGAAGUGGGCACAGGUGACCUUCUGGAGUGCCGACGAGCAGCUGUGUCACCUGUGGCUGCAAACCCUUCGCGAGCUGCUGGAGAGCCUGACUUCAAGACCAAAGCACCUGCUGGUAUUUAUCAACCCUUUCGGAGGAAAAGGUCAGGGCAAGCACAUCUAUGAAAAAAAAGUGGCACCUCUAUUCACCUUGGCUUCCAUCACCACCGAAAUCAUCAUUACUGAGCAUGCCAAUCAAGCCAAGGAGACCUUAUACGAGAUCAACACAGACAGCUAUGACGGCAUCGUGUGUGUCGGCGGGGAUGGCAUGUUCAGCGAGGUGCUGCAUGGGGUGAUCGGGAGGACGCAACGGAACGCUGGCAUUGACCCCAAUCACCCCAGAGCCGUGCUGGUGCCCAGUACCCUCAGGAUUGGCAUCAUCCCUGCAGGGUCCACGGAUUGUGUGUGUUACUCAACAGUGGGCACAAACGAUGCAGAGACGUCAGCUCUGCACAUCAUUGUUGGGGACUCACUGGCCAUAGACGUGUCCUCUGUGCACCACAACAGCACGCUGCUGCGGUACUCGGUGUCGCUGCUGGGCUACGGCUUCUACGGGGACUUGAUCAAGGACAGUGAAAAGAAACGGUGGAUGGGCCUCGUCAGAUACGACUUCUCAGGGUUGAAGACCUUUCUCUCUCAUCAGUACUAUGAAGGUACAGUGUCCUUCCUCCCAGCACAGCACACAGUGGGAUCUCCACGGGACAAGAAACCUUGCCGGGCCGGGUGCUUCGUGUGCAGGCAGAGCAAGCAGCAGCUGGAAGAAGAGCAGAAGAAAGCCCUGUACGGCCUGGAGAACGCUGAGGAAAUGGAAGAAUGGCAAGUGGUGUGUGGGAAGUUCCUGGCUAUCAAUGCCACCAACAUGUCCUGUGCCUGUCCCCGGAGCCCCGGGGGCAUGUCCCCGGCUGCCCAUCUGGGAGAUGGAUCUUCCGACCUCAUCCUCAUCCGGAAGUGCUCCAGGUUCAACUUCCUGAGAUUUCUGGUCCGGCACACCAACCAGGAUGAUCAGUUCGACUUCACUUUCGUUGAGGUUUACCGAGUCAAGAAAUUCCAGUUCACGUCGAAGCACGUGGAAGAUGAGGACAGUGACCUGAAGGAACACGGGAAGCAGCCGUUUGGGCAGAUCUGCAACGACAGCCCCAUUUGCAGCUGCUCGACCUCUAGGAGCUCCUGGAACUGUGAUGGGGAGGUCCUGUACAGCCCUGCCAUCGAGGUCAGGGUCCACUGCCAGCUGGUGCGCCUCUUCGCUCGGGGAAUCGAAGAAAAGUCCUAAGCAAGCCUCCCAAAGCUGAGAAGUCGACCUUGAGCUUGGGGAGUGUGAAAAUUACUUAAGAAAAUUUCGACAGACUAAUUAUGUUGAUAUAUCCAUUUGAAUUUAGAAAUUUAUUUUUGAUAGGUAAAUCUUGGUUUUUAGAAAAGACAGCUUUGUCAACAAUUCCGUAUACAUACCUGGCACCCUCGCCUCGGUUCUAUGUGCAUCUGAGUCGCUUUUCACGUAACUUGUUCUCAGCAAAUGGCACUUGCUGGUCCGGGGGUUGGCUUGCUAGAUCUUAGCCAUGCCGACCAUGCAAAUUUCAAGACAGCCCUUUCGUGGCUAUACUGCAAUAAUUUUAGGGACAUUAUAAUAUGAAUCCUUCCCAGGAAUCAGGUUACACCAUCUGGACACACACGGGUAAUGGCCCGGUCACUCUGAUCCCUUUGUGAGACUUUCUCUGGAGUUGUUCGUGACCAGGUUUGGGAAAGUAGAUGGCUCUCUUUGCCUUCACUUUAUGCCAACCUCCAUUCAUGAUCAGGAUGUUGCCACGUGGCCCCUGCUGUACGCCACAGCUGUAACGCGAUACAGUGAGAUCCUCUGCACAGCUGCGCCUCCAGAGCGAGGCCACGCCACUGCGAGAAGACCCCCAGGGUGACGUCUCCUCCUCAGGAUUCUUCCCCACCUGGGCUGCCAUCUGCUGCCAUCACAGCUGCAUCCUCUGAAACAAUCCAGCCAAGUACCCACUGGAAGUUCCGUUCUGUCCACCCUGGUAGCCCGCACACUCUGGCCAGGGAAGUCUGUGAAUCACUGGCCAAAGGGAGCCUCCAUUUGGAAUCAAAGCAUUUGGCACAGCUGGGCUUUGGGGGGGGGGGGUUGGGGGGUGGGCAGAGGGCAACUGGCAUGCACAGAGGGUAUUUUGGAGAUUCUAGACCACCUCAGCCUGAGUGUCACCAGUGGGAUGGUGGAUUGUCCCAGGUCGCCCCCAGGUACUUGGUGCAAGCCCUGUGUCCAUUCCCAGGGUCCACGUCCAUUCUUCCCUCACUGUGGGUCCUCUUCUGUGUAUUUAUCGACAGCUUUCUCCUUGUCUAUCACAAGGGUAUCUAUUCCAUGCCUUGGCUACUUGCUUUGUCUCCAUGAGGGGACUGCUAGCUGCUCUGGCUGAAACCCUGGGCUCAUGACCAGUUUUCUCUGAAGGCAUUCCUACCCGGAGCUUCUCAGCCACACACUAUGGCCUGUGCUGUGUCUCCAGACUGAUGCAUCUGAGAAGUGUGGACAAGAGUUUUAUGUGAAAUUGAAGAAUAUGCAGCUUACACUAGGCUUGCAAAGAGGGAGGGACGCUGUUACAAGAGUAGGUUUUAGGUUCUGUAUUGGGGAAAGCGUACAACUCACGCAGAUCCCAUUAGUCAGUAUGGAGUUCUGCAGGCUGCCCCUGUUUCUAGGUGCUCUUGCGUUGACUUCUAUUUUGAAGCAUACAUGAAAUUCUCUGUUUAGCAUUCAGUCCCAUCCAGACAAAGGGGCAGCUGUUAAGGCUUAGGAACCAUGUUAAAGGUAAUUAUGGUAGUGGUGCUAUUUAAUGAUUGAUGGCCGAGUGAAAAGGCUGGAUCGAAAGAGUAAAUGCACCUAGCAAUUUCUAUCCAGGUCUGUUCCCGGGUGGGCAGAACCCAAAGGUGUCAGACUAGCAGCUCUUGGAGUAGGUAGGUAGCCCUGGAGCAGUGUCAGGGCAGACGCCUGGGUGCCCACCUCACUGUCCACUCACCCCUGGCAUUCCAGAGGGGCUCAGGACGUGAGGCAGCUGUGGGUGCUCCCAGCUCUCAGGAACUGUACUCUCCCACAAAUUCAGGUCUUCACUGGCCUUGCUACAUGCUGCCCAUGCCCUGGUCCACCCCCGCCACGGCCAGUUCUACCGGAGGGGUCUAGACAGAGGAUGCUCUGAUGGCGGUUAGCAGUGCAAGCCAUGUUCAGAAUCUCAACCUUGGCACUAUCAUGGAGCAUCACGAGGGUCAGACACUUAUGACCUUUGAUACUUGUGCACAGGAUGGGAGGGAGCCCCCCUGACAUUCCCAAGCAGUAGACUACAGUCUCCAUGAUGCUUUUUAGAUGCAAUACCCCAACCCCAGGCCUUAGGCAUUUUAGGAGGAAAAAAACAAAACAGGAGUAGAGAUUAGACAGUGGCAACGUAGGAUCCCGUAGGGGGUCUGGUCCACGUUUGAACUCCCUCUGGGGACCACUGGUGCACAAUUAGGCAGCAGUCAUAUGCGGUAACUUAUUCUUGUUUAUCAAAAUGAAGCCGUGGGAACGGGGAGCGGCUGGUUUCCCUGCAUCUGCCUCCGUCCUCAAUACGGUCGGUCUCCUGGAACCAGGAGCCCUGACAUGAGGAGGGCCCAAUAUGCCUCCUGAUCUUGCUGGCUUCAAGAUUAGCAAGUGGCAUAUUUGCUCUGAUAUGUUUGAGAUGACCAAAAAAAAAAAAAAAUAAAGUUAAUUUUGGGCAGAA